AUGGCUUAUGUACCGGACCCAUACUGUGUCCUAACUAUGAACUGCCGAGGCUUAAAUAUUCCGGAACGCAGGACACAGCUUCUGCAAGACCUGUUCAAGCAUCGCAUCUCCAUGGCUUUUUUGCAGGAGACACACUUUAAAGAAGGAUCAGCUCCUCUGUUGAAAAGCAAGCACUACCCCAACGCAAUCUGCAGCAAUCAUCCUACAGCUUGCAAAGUCAGAGUGGCUAUACUUCUUGAGGCAAAGCUGCAAUUCCACGAAAUGGAAAGUGCCAGACAAGAAUGGCAGGUAUCUCUUCUUGAAAAGGAGAUAUCCAGGAUCGUAGAUACACAUUCGCAACGAUAUACUUACCAAAUUAUAACCAAUCCCAAUACAUUUGCAAGAUCCUCUUUAAGCUUUCAUCAUUCACGGAAGGGACAUUGAUCCUGGGAGGAGAUUUCAAUGUGCCCCUACAUCCUCUUGUAGACCAAUCCACGGGUCAUAGCAGCAACGCACAAGGAGCUCUUAGGAGCAUGCAGAAAUCCCUCCAGAAUCUCAGGCUGGUGGAUUGUUGGAGAUCUAUGCACCCUGGAGAUAAAGAAUCACACUACUCUGUGGUCCACAGGCGAUACUCAAGAAUCGACUAUAUAUUCCUACAACAAGAACAGCUGGCAUCAGUACAAAAAGUGAAGAUAGGGGCUGCCCUUUGGUCAGACCAUUGCCCAGUAACCCUGGAGUUGGACAGUGACCACUGUCUGGGAAGCUCACAAGAGCGUUGA